AUGGGUGCUUUCACUGAAAAGCAAGAGGCUUUAGUGAAGAGUUCAUGGGAAGUGUUCAAGCAAAACAUUCCUCACCAUAGCAUUCUCUUCUACACAUUGAUAUUGGAGAAAGCACCUGCGGCGAAGGACAUGUUUUCGUUUCUAAGGGACUCUGAUGAAGUACCUAAGAAUAAUCCUAAUCUCGAGGCCCAUGCUGAAAAGGUUUUCGAGCUGACAUGUGAGUCAGCCAUUCAACUAAGAGCAAAAGGAGAAGUAGUGGUUUCAGAUACCAUAUUAAAGUAUUUGGGUUCUGUUCACGUCCAGAAAGGAGUACUUGAUCCCCAUUUCGAGGUGGUUAAAGAAGCAUUGCUUAAAACAAUAAAAGAAGCAAUGGGAGAGAAAUGGAGUGAGGAAUUGAGCAAUGCUUGGGAAGUAGCCUAUGAUGAAUUGGCAGCUGUAAUUAAGAAUGUCAUGAGUGCAACUUAG